AUGAACACCAUAGAAAAGGCCGUGAGGAAAUUAAUAAUUCUCUAUUCAGAGCAAGGUUUAGCUGCCUUCCUCUUUCUUCAGUGCGAUUCUGCCUAUAAGCUGGUUUGUUACUUCACAAACUGGGCCCAGGACAGGACAGGCGAGGGGCACUUUGUCCCUGAUUACAUCGACCCACAUCUCUGCACCCACCUCAUUUAUGCCUUUGCCAACAUAAGCGAAAAUGAGAUCACUACUCCAUAGAACGACGCCAUACACUAUGAAACUUUCAAUGGACUGAAAAGCAGGAAUCCUAGCCUCAAGACCCUCCUGUCCAUUGAUGGAGGAAAAACGGGUUCCGACAGCUUUUCCACAAUGGUGUCUUCUCCAGCCAAUCACUGGACAUUUAUUCGCUCAGUGAUAGAAUUCCUGAAGAUGAACAAAUUUGAUGGCUUCAAUCUCUAUUGGAUCUAUCCAGAGGGGAAGAAUAAAGGAUAUUUCACUAGCUUGAUCCAGGAGAUGGCAAAAGCAUUUCAGGAGAAAGCUCAAAAGACAGGGAAGCAGAAGCUUAUACUGAGUGCAACAGUGGGAGCUGUGAGGGAGCUAGUCGAUGCAAGCUAUGAAAUCGACAAAAUCUCAGAGGCUGUAGAUUUCCUUAACCUCUUGACCUUUGACUUCCAUCGUUCCUGGCAAAAAGUCACAGGACAUGUCAGCCCAUUUCUCCAGGGUAAAGAAGACUCCAAAUCCUCUUCUUAUUAUAAUGUUGACUAUGCUGUGAGAUACUGGAGGAGCAAGGGUGCCCCAGCUGAGAAGCUCAUCAUGGGAAUCCCCACCUAUGGAUGGUCGUUCACCCUCUCCUCCUCCAGGACAGGCAUCGGUGCGCCCAUCUCUGGGCUUGGAUCACCCGGCCCAUUCACUCAAGAGGCAGGAUUAUUGGCCUAUUAUGAGAUCUGUACUUUUACACCAGGUGCCACCACCGAGCAGAUUGUGGAGCAAGAGGUCCCAUAUUCCUACAAAGGAAACCAGUGGGUAGAGUAUGAUGACAAGCAAAGCAUUACAACCAAAGUUCAGUAUUUGAAGAAUAAGUUGGGAGGUGCCAUGAUUUGGGCAGUGGACCUGGAUGACUUUGAUGGCUUGUUCUGCAGCCAGAAGAAACCAUAUCCUGUAAUAGGAACUGUGAAAGCAAAGCUGAGCUCCGGCAAUUGAGCCGGCAGAGUAUGAAGCUAUGAAUGCACUACGAGGAAGACCGUCUCACUUUCUUUCUUUGGAUGGGGAAAGAGUUUGAAGACAUGCUGGGGAACGUUCAUGCAGCUCAAAAAUAACACUCGUGUGUGGCAUACCCGCUCUCUUUCACCAGCACAUCCACUGGUGGUUUCCUCUCCUCUCGUUUUGUAAUAAAGCCAUGGACAACAGGGCCCCUUCACCUCAGAAUUGCCCAAGGCAGAGAGCACCACAAACACCCUCCUCACUCUUUUUCACCUUACACUGUGAAUUGUGUCACCCAAGUGAACCAAAACAAUGGGAGUGAAAACUAUUUAAAUGAAGCAAUAGGAAAGGAGAUGGACUGCCCCCCUCCCCGCCUACCCCUCUUUCUUCCUCAGAAAUAAUGGUGGGUAAAAUGUCCACCUCAAGCCUCCAACACAGAAACGCACAAGAAUCAAUUGUAAAUGGAGCAGGAACCUCCAGCUCUGUAAACACAAGCUCAUUAAGGGCUGAAGCAGUCUGAUUAUCACAUCCCAAGCCCCAUUAUUAUUUGCCCCCUCCCCCGCAGAUAAGCUUCAUUGCCUCUCUGCAAUUUGGGGUUACUCCACAGCUGGCCCAUAACUAUAUCUUAUCAAGGUCUUCAGCAUAAUCUUAUCCUGGUCGAUUCAGUGAAUGCUUGGGAAGAGAUUUCCAAAGGCAAAGGAAUGUUGGCAGUUCCCGUUCCCCAGUACCGAUUCCAUUGAAAGCAGUGGCUAAUCAGUCUCCUUCUAGAGCUCAGGAGGUAAGCAGCUAGCAGGCUACUGGUAAAACAGGGAUAUGGCUCUCUGUGUUCAGUAUAUCAAAGAUCUAUGGAGCAGUCACCCACUAGCAAACUAUAAUUCACCUGGGGGAAACCGUAUGUCAUAUUAACCUCUUCUGGUUGCCAGU